AUGUCUUCUAUCCUGUACUUCUCGCCUGCUUUUAAGCCCAGCUUGUCACUUUCAGAUCUUCCGUCUUCUCCCCGCGAAUUGUCCAAGAAGCGGAAAAGGGACCUUGAGCCUUUGGACGGUGAUGGUGGUGACGGUGGUGACGAGGGACUGGAAGCAGAUUCCGCUGCUAACGGAACAAGCCUGCCCUCCGGAUACUCCAACGCUUCUGUCACUAUAUCAUCAGCAGCCCUAGAUGUGGACACAUCGCCUAGCGACAAGACACUCCACUCUCAGCCUUCCAGUCACACUGAUCGUCAAGGACUACACGCAAGUAGUUUUCCUCAAUCUUUCCCACAUCACAUCGCAGGGACUGCGCCUUCGAUGUCUAAAGGACGGAUCAGCGAUGAGCUCGCCACACUCAAGCCCCCAUUAUAUGUUACCACGGGAAGUGUGCCUACUGCCGCAGCAGAGAGAGUUCCUAGCAGCACGGGGUCACGACAGCAUCAUCUUAACACCAUUACGGCAAUCCUGCACAGGUGUCUUUCGGAAGGCGACUAUAUACGCGCAAGCAGAGCGUGGGCGAUGCUUCUCCGAGCUGAACAGAACGGUCGUUCUAUGGAUCUCAGGACGCAUGAUCGUUGGGGUGUGGGGGCAGAGAUCCUCAUGCACCGUGAGUCGCAAAUGACGCAGAAGACCCUAGACCACAACGUAAUUGAUUUUUCGAGUUUCACGUCCGAAUUCAGUGUCAAAACCGAAAAUUUUGAGAAGGCCAAAGAGUAUUAUGAGAGGGUUGUACUUCAGUAUCCCUAUCGUAAAGCAUUUCCCAACGCCAUAGGGUCUCUAAACUUCUCCAUAGCCAUGUUCAGUCUCUGGAUAUACACGAUCCAAGAGCGGAGUUCAAUAGCGCUCAUGGCUGUUGGCGGCUCCGACCAAGGUAUGGACGAGACCGAUGCAGAAGCCAAUGACGACGUUCAAAGGUCAUCCGCAUCAGAUAUGGAGCCUGAUCGCUACCGAAUGCGUGAGCAAGUCAGGAGAGACACCCUGCAAAGUGCUCACGAGAUCGCUACCCGACUUGAUGGGUUGCUCGUAUCUCCGCCCUAUUCCGACAGUGCUAGGUUCUGGAAGCUUUGUGUUCAAAUGUAUUUGUGGAUCGCGAAUCUUUCAGUUGCUACCAUCUCUUCAAACUACGGCUCAAGUAGCAACGGGGAUGAUGAAAACCUGACUGUGGGAAGUUCAUCCCGGUUGAGAAAUGUCAGCUGGGGUACUCCCUCGAACGAGGAACAUAGAGCUGGACAAGCGCGACAGAAAGCCCUUGCAAGGGCAGAAGAGGCAUUCCAGAGGCUCAAAAUUUAUGGUGAAAGUUCGUCAGAGUAG